GGGACCGCGGGUUCGAGUCCCGGCCCCGCCGCUUCCGCAUCCGGGGUCGGGUCGGGGGGGGGCGGUCGCGCUGCUGCCAUGGUAACGGGAGCGGGGGGAUGGAGUCCUGCCGCUUCCAGAAGCUUUUUGGGACGGACGGGGAGCUGGAGGACGAGGAUUUCCUCUCCGCCGUGGAAGACGCGGAGAACCAGUUUGUGAUCCCUGGAUACUCGUCACCCAGCGACGCCCCAAUUCCUCCCAGUAAACCCCAUCCCAGUAAACCCCACCCCAGUAAACCCCCAACCCUCCGACCCCUCGCCGGGCAGGGGGAGCAUCCCGCGGGAUUCCAGGGACCCCCUCCCAGGGGAGCAGCCCCCCAGGAUGAGCUGGAUAAUGAACUUUUCCUGGCUGCCUGCAUGGAGCUGGAGGGGCCCGAGGGGCCGGCGGGGGCCGGCGCUGCCCCAUUGCCCCCCGGGCGUGGGGAGAAUCCCACACGGAUACGCCCAGGGAAGGAGAACACGCAGGAAUGUGGGAUCCCCAAAAAACUGAGAGUGGGAGAGGAGCCGGUCCCCAGCUCCAGGGGGGUGCAGGACAGGCAGGGCCCCCUCCCCACUCCCAAAGUGGUGCUGAGGCCCAGCACAGCCGGUUCUUGGACCCCCAGGCCCCCCAUUUCCAUGGGAAAGCCGGGAAGCUCCGCAGGGUCCGGGUCCAUCCCUGCUCCGGGGGCUCCAUCCCUGAGGCCUUUCCAAGCACCCCUGCGAGGCAGCAGCUCCUCCUCGGGGCUGGGGGUGCCCUGGACCCCUCCAGCACUGAGCUGCCCCCAACCCCAGCAGACCCCCAGGCCCCCCUCCAGACCCCCUGGAUCCACGGAGCCCCCGAGGCCGCCACUCCCGAUGGCUGCCGGAUUCCCGAAUCCCACCGUGGUCCCCAACGCCCCCGGCCCCCCGAACCCCCCCGUGGUCACCAACCACCUGGUGCAGCUGGUGACAGCAGCCAGCAAAGCCCCUGGGGCGUCCCCCCGAGUCCCCCCGUGCAGGGAGAGCCGGCGCUUCCCGGGGCCCGCCGGGAUCCUGCCCCAGCAGCACUCUGGGAAGCUGCUGGAGGAGAUCCUGGUUUCUGCUCCCCAGACUCCAGCUCACGGAGCUGUGGCAAAGCCACGGACACAGGCACUGCCCAGCUCCCCGCUGCCCACGGAGGAGGAUUUUGGGAAGGGGCCCUGGCUGGCCAUGAAGACGGAGCUGGGGCUGGACGAGAGGGAUCCUGGCUGCUUCCUCCACACCUACAGCGUCGUCAUGGUGCUGCGGAAGGCAGCCCUGAAGCAGCUCCCAAAAAACAAGGUCCCCAGCAUGGCCGUGAUGAUCAAGGCCCUGACCAGGAGCAGUGCCGGCGCCGGCGCCGUGUUCCGGGAUCCGACGGGGGAGAUCCAGGGCACGGUGCACCGGCUGCUGCUGGAGGAGAGGCAGAGCGAGCUCCGGCCUGGCUCCGUGCUGCUCCUGAGGCAGGUCGGGGUCUUCUCCCCCUCCCACCGCAACCACUACCUCAAUGUCACCCCCAACAACCUGCUCAGGAUCUUCCCACCCGAGCCCGAGGGCGGCUGCUCCCAGCAGCAGGUCCCUGCCCAGGCUGGGCUAAUCCCAGACCCCCCUGUGCAGCCCCCCCAAGGUGUCCCUGUCCCUGGGGACUGGGGACACUCGAGGACAAGUGGCCACAGCACAGAGGAGCAUCCAGGGGGCUUUUCCCUGCACCCACCAAGCCCCAGGCCCAGGCAGGAAGAGCCAGUGGGAGCUGAUGGAUGUGACAUGGAUGACCUGGAUGGGCUCCUGGGAGAGCUGCCCGAGGAUUUCUUCUCAGCCCCAGCCCAGGCUGACUGUGGCUGACCCCAGGAGCUGCUGGCACAGGCUGGGCCGUGCCAUGGCCUGGUGAGGAUGAUGAUGAUGCCAAGGAGCAGGUGCCACACCUGCCACCUCUGCGUGCUCCUCUCUCUGUGUGUCUGCUCUGUUUGCUGUGGAGCCAAGAGCUGGGGGUUUCCAGGGGGGUCCCUGGGGGACAUGGCCUGAGUGCUGUCCCCACUCCUCCAGGCACAACUUCCCCUCACUCCCAAACCUGCAUUAAAGGGCUGUUCUGUCCCUGCA